GUAUCUCCUGUUCUUUCAUCUUGGAAAAGAUGAAAUCAGUCUUUUAAUAGGAUUACUCAGAACAAGGAGGGUAAAUGGACAGUAAUCAUUUUCAGGUAACAGUAGACUUUUCAUCUGUCUACAGGCCUUGAGGUGUUUGUAUAUGGCUUUGUAUGGCUGCUACUAGCUUCUUAGCCUCAAGCCGCACAUCGUGUUCCAGCUCCAAAAUCUUCCAUCAGAUGGCAUUUACACUUUUUACUAUACUGAUCAUUUUUAUAUCAGAGUCCUUUACUGAUAACUUUUCACAAAGGAAGAAUUCAAGUUUACUUUACUUGACAAGAAAUCUCUUGGUGAACUACAGCAAAGGUGUCAGACCAGUGAAGAACUGGACACAGACUACGACGGUGUACAUUGAUCUCUUCGUCCACGCAGUAUUAGAUGUUGAUGGACAAAAUCAAAAGCUGACAACUAGUAUCUGGUAUCGACAGAUGUGGAAAGAUGAAUUUCUAUCAUGGAACUCCAGUCAGUUUGAUGGAAUUGGAGAAAUCUCCCUCCCGCUUAAUGUCAUUUGGGUGCCUGACAUUGUCAUUAAUGAAUUUGUUGAGGAUGGAAAGUCGCCCGAUUUGCCCUAUGUCUAUGUGAGCUCCUCUGGGACCAUCAGAAACAACAAGCCUAUGCAAGUGGUGUCAGCAUGUAGCCUGGAGACCUAUGCCUUCCCCUUUGAUAUACAGAACUGCAGCCUGACUUUUAGCAGCUGCUUACAUACAGUGAAUGAUCUGAAUCUCUCUAUCUGGAGGAGUUAUGAGGAAAUUAGGAAUGACAAAAGCAUAUUUCUUGAUGAUGGAGAAUGGGAGCUUCUAGCUGUUCCUUCUACUUAUGAGAUCCUACACACUCAUGGCGGCAGCUUUGCUCAGGUCCAGUUUAAUCUUGUUAUCCGCCGGCGCCCUCUUCUGUAUAUUGUAGGCAUCCUCUUGCCCAGCAUUCUUCUCAUGUUUGUAGACCUCAUGAGCUUUUACCUGCCCCCGGACAGUGGAACCCGAAUCAUGUUCAAAACCACCAUUCUUGUGGGCUAUACAGUCUUCAGAGUGAAUAUGGCAGAUGAACUGCCAGCUACCACUUUAAGUGUUCCAUUAAUCGGUGUAUUCUUUAUGGUUUUCAUGGUCCUAAUGGUGCUGAGUCUUGGCAAAUCUAUAAUGGUGGUAAAGUUUCUUCAUUUUGACAAGGAAGGAUCUGAAAGUCUUCUGAUAUCCCGAUGCCGAAUGCUGACUCAAGAGAGACAGGAUGACCAUGAAGAAAACACAGAGGAUCACUCUAUAAGUUCAACCAAUGAAACAGGAGGUGAUACAGUUAUGUCAUUUCUGAAAAUGAAAGGCCUUAACAGCAAUUCACAAAUGUAUUCCGUUAAGGAAAGCAUUUGCGGUGUCGAUGAAGUAUUCCAGAGCCCUGCAAUAGUCGAGGACCAUCUGUUGAAGCACAUCCUGCAGGAGGUGGCCUCCAUCCGUACCUAUGUACAAGGAAUGGAGUCAGAGGAAGCCUGGCACACCCACUGGCUCGGCCUAUGUUACAGAUUAGACAGCCUUAUGUUUAGAGCCUACCUACUGCUCUUUUCAACCUAUGCAACUACUCUGUGCCUCCUAUGGUGGUCAUGGAGCUCAUAUGUAGUAUCAACAUGAAACAAUAUACCAUGAACUGUUCAGCUACUUGGGUACAAUAUUAUCACCAUUAUUUAAUUCUCUUUAACAAAUUAAUACUUUGAAGGAACUCCUCUUACGUUUUAGAUCCCUGUCCAACAAGUUAAAACAAGAGCCAGUCAUGCACUCCUUAGGCUUGACAUAUGGGGCAACAUUGCAGGGACGUCAGUGGCUGGUAUCAGAGGCAGAUACACACAGGUUACAUACUCUGCAAUCAUAAGAGCGAGAGCAAUAAUUCUAGCACUAGACCUCCUC